GGUUGCAAGCGGCUGCAAGGCUCUCGAGUUGGUCGGAAAAUCGGUCUCGUGGCUCGAACUUGGGCGCUGGACAGCCAGGAGAACUCAAUCGGUCUGAUCGGCCGGAGACCACGAAUUAGCCACAGAUAGGGCCUAACAUAUUGCCAUACAAGUCCAUGCGGUUGGCGAAAAGUUUCGCUCAAGUGUUGUUAAGUGCUGAAAAGUUGGCCGUGAUAGUUAAGUGCGCUCGUAACUGAAACUCGGCCCAUUCGGUCGCCUCCUCACACGUUAGCCACUUUCCGCAAAAGUUUUUUGGCCCAACCCUUCACCCUUCCCCAUUCACCACUCGCCCGUCGCUCUUUCCGGCCUGUCAAAAUGUUUUGGGCCGAACUUUCCGUGCAGUGGGCCCCCCGCAAUUGAAGUUUUGACAACAAAAUUUAGUUAAGCAAAGCUGCCGCGGUUUCACAUUCUUUUCCGGCUGAACUGCAGAGCUGGGUUUGCCGAGAAAAAACUGCCGUGCACUUUUUGCAGCCUUUCGAUCCUUGUUUGGUUAACUACGUGAACCGCCAGCAAAGUGAACAGAUUGAACGUGUGAUGUGAAUGCGCUGCAAUGGAUCUUAAGACUGGCUCUCUUUUGGUGGCUCCCGCCGUGAAGAACUCGAGCUGCUCGCACCCGCGCUACUCGGGCCACAACUUCAUCGCCCACAUCGGGAUCGCGGAGACCAUCGAGGCGGUGCUCAUCCUGGUCCUGACCCUGGGCGUCAUCGGGGCCAACUGCCUGGUCAUCUUCGUCAUCAACAAUCGCCGCUAUGCGGCCUACAUCCACCAACAGCCUCGUUAUCUGCUCACCUCCCUGGCCCUGAACGACCUGACAAUCGGGCUGUUAAUUACGCCAUUCGGUCUAAUGCCGGCUUUGUUCCACUGCUGGCCCUACGGAGAGAUCUUCUGUCAGAUACAGGCCCUGCUGCGCGGCGCGCUUUCCCAGCAGAGCGCCGUCAUCCUGGUCUGCAUGGCCGUCGAUAGAUACAUGUGCGCCCUGCAUCCGCGGCGCUACUACCAGCACUCCAGCAAGAAGGGCUGUGUGGCCAUCCUGAGCCUGACCUGGAUCAUCAGCCUGACGGUGUUUGGCUUCCUGGUGCUGCCCAAAGGUUACUACUUCAACAAUACGGGGCUAAUGGCCUGCGAGCCCUUCUACAGCAAGCCCUCCUACCGAAUCCUGUCCACGUGCGCCCUCUACUUCCCCACGACGAUGGUCCUGAUGUACUGCUACGGCUCCAGCUUCCACAUGAGCCGCUUCCGGCUGAACGACCCGACCAUGCCGCUCACGGCCGCCGCCCACCACCCGCACCCCCACCCGCAUCCCACCGCCGCCCAGCAGCUCCAGAUGCACCAGCACCACCAGCAACACCACCAGCAGCAUCAGCAGCAGCAGGCGGGGAUGCACUCGCACCUCUACCACGGCCACGCGCACCACCCCCACCAUGGAGGCCACCCCAGCCACCCACACCACCACGGCCCACCUGUUAUGGGCCAUCUCAGCAUGGCCAUGAGCAUGGGACUGGCCGGCAUGCCGAACAUGACAAACAAGAUUACCAAAAAGAUUGUUCCCAUCCAGGAGAAGAACUCGAGCGGAGCCACCUCCCGUUCGAUGGCCGCCAUCUCCCUCGGUUUCAUUGUGAUGGUCACUCCGUGGACCAUUCAGGAGAUAGUCACUGCCUGCACCGGAUCGAAGCUGCCGCCGUUCCUCGACUUCCUGGUCACCUGGACGGCGCUGAGCAACAGCCUGUGGAACCCCUUCAUGUACUGGCUGCUGAACUCCGACUUCCGCCGCCUGAGUCGCCAGCUGAUGCCCAACAAAUGCUUUCCCCACGAGGAAACCCCGGAGCACAAAUCGGGCUGUUGUCACAUCAAUGCCAACGAUUUCGAGAUCACCACGCUCCCCAUUCCCCCGGAGCCGCCAUCCUCCCGUCCUCCGCCCGGAGCUCCAGCCAGCGGGCCGCCAUCCAGCGGGGGCGGUGGCGGCGGCGGGGGCGUGGCGAGCUCGAUUGGCGGCUCCGUCCUGGGGAUCUGCGGCCGCUCGCGGGCGAACAGCCUGAGCCGCAGCGCCUCGCAGUACAUCCGGGGCACGAUGGGCGGCCUGCACGGCCACCCGGCCGCCGAGCCCUUCUCCGCCGCGCGGCCCGACAUCGAGGGCCUCUCCGAGAAGUACUGGGGCGAGAUCCUGGAGCGGACCGUCAGCUCGGGCAACCUGAGCGCCAUGCAGAAGCACCUGCCGCCCCACCUGCCGUACGCGCACCACCUGGUCCACCAGCUGCACCAGCCGCAGCAGCACCACCAGCAGAGCCAGCAGGGUCAGCAGGGACAGCAGACCACCUCGUUCAGCAAGGCCAGCGACCUGCAGCUGAACCUGAACCUCGGCGGCAGCCAGGCGGCCACCGCCGCGGAGCUGGGCAAGUUCUCCAACUCGGAGCCGAAGCUCUGCGAGCACCUCUUCCACGACGCCAACUGCGCCAAGAGCAAGGCGGCCAACGGGGGCGGCGGCCUGGAGGGGCCGCUGGAGUCCGCCGGGCAGCUGGCCUGCGGGCGCAGCAUCCCGGACAUCUAG